GUUACAUCUCUUUCUCCAAGCUCUCUUUCUCUCUUAUCAAUUUUACAACCAAACCCAAAUUAAGGAUUGAAUUAAUUAAUUAAUAAUAGUAAUAAUGGAUAAAAAGGAAAGGGCAAAGGAAAAAAAGGAGAAAAGACGCCAAGAGAUCUCCCUUCUUCGUACUAUUCCUUAUUCUGAUCACCAAAGAUGGUGGUCAUCUGAAACUAUUGCUGUGGUGACGGGUGCAAAUAGAGGGAUUGGAUUUGAGAUUGCUCAUCAACUUGCAUUGCAUGGGGUUACUGUUGUUCUUACGUCGCGAGAGACAGCUGUUGGGGAAGAAGCAGUGAAAGUCUUGCAAGAAGGAGGUCUAAAUGUGGCAUUUCAUCAAUUGGAUAUUGUGGAUCCUGCAUCAAUCCAGGCAUUUUGUGAUUGGAUUAAAGAAACAUAUGGUGGCCUUGAUAUACUGAUCAACAAUGCAGGAGUCAAUUUCAAUUUAGGCAAAGAUAAUUCUGUUGAAUUUGCUGAAAUGGUAAUCCAAGUUAACUACUUUGGCACAAAAAAUAUGAUCAAAGCAUUGAUUCCGUUAAUGAGGCCUUCUGCUGCUGGUGCUCGUAUUGUUAGUGUGACCUCGCGAUUGGGUAGACUUAAUGGCAAACGACAUGGGAUAUCAAAUGUCACAGUGAGACAACAGUUGGGAGAUGUGGAUUCGCUAUCCGAGGAAGUCAUCGAUAAAACUAUGAACACAUUCUUGGAACAAGUAAAAGAUGGAACUUGGGAAUCAGGUGGAUGGCCUCAUGUGCAAACAGACUACUCAUUGUCAAAGCUAGCAGUUAAUGCAUACACCAGGUUAAUGGCGAGGAUAUUCGAGGACCGGCCAGAAGAUCAUAAGAUAUAUAUAAAUUGCUAUUGCCCUGGUUGGGUGAAAACUGCUAUGACUGGCUGGGCUGGCCAUGUUUCACCAGAAGAAGCUGCUGAUACUGGUGUCUGGCUUGCUUUGCUCCCUGAAAAGUUUGUGAGUGGUAAGUUUUUCGCUGAGAGGCGCGAGAUUAACUUUUAAACUGACAAGUGUAUAACGAUUCCCAGAAUCUGCUCGAUUUAUUUUUGUUUUUUUACAAAAACAAGAUUGUGAUGGAGUUCGGAUUCAAGAUAAUCUGCAUUUUCUUUAAUUGAAACGCACCAAAUUGAUAUAAGUAGAAAUAGUUAAAAUUUGACUGCCUAGUUUUGUAUUUUUUUUAAUGGUAUUUUGCCCGAGGUGUCUUGAUCAAGUAACAGUGGCAGUGGCAGAUAUUGAUGAAGAGCAAUUUAUUUGUACUUAUUAUAGUUGUUUUAUUUAAGCAGAUUGUAGGCAAGCUUGCUUUUGACCUCUGUAAUGGGUUUAAUAAACAGUAUUAUACAUACA